AUCUCUACAUACCCGGGGCACCGGGCCAUGCAAAACUAACUCGACCACUUCUUUCGCGACCUAAAAAGUGUAACGUUUGGUAUUGUAUCGAGUUAAAUUCGCUGUCAUUCAUAUUUGUGCUUUCGGUUUAUAACUUUUUAACAAGAAGCCCUGCAACACGGAGACAAACUAACGCAACUUGCAUGAAGAUUGAAACAGACUUGCAUCGAAGUUGCAGGAGAGCGGGGUAGAUGCAGGGAGGGAGGGAGUAAAAAGUAUUUGUGCUUCCCCUCCCCCUCAUCAAAGCAAAGGGGGAAAUGUCUCUUUCUAAAGGAGGGAAGAAGAAGAACCCAGGCCUCAAGCUCUCCAAAGAGGUCUUUGAGCAGCCCCCACCUGCACCCCCAGUCCCCCCUCGAGAUCUGGAUUCGAAAGCCUGUGUUACCAUUGGAGAGAAGAACUUUGUUGUGAAGGCAGAUGACUUGGAGCAGAUCGGGGAGCUUGGGAGAGGAGCGUAUGGCGUGGUGGACAAGAUGAGACAUGUGCCCAGUGGCCUUAUCAUGGCCGUCAAGAGGAUCCGGGCAACAGUGAACACCCUGGAGCAGAAGAGACUGCUGAUGGACCUGGACAUCUCCAUGAGGACCGUGGACUGCUUCUUCACGGUCACCUUCUACGGCGCUCUCUUCAGAGAGGGUGAUGUGUGGAUCUGCAUGGAGCUGAUGGACACGUCUCUGGAUAAGUUCUACAAGCAAGUGAUAGAUAAAGGCAUGACCAUCCCUGAAGACAUUUUGGGGAAGAUCAGUGUAGCGAUCGUCAAGGCUUUGGAGCAUCUGCAUAACAAACUUUCAGUGAUACACAGAGAUGUGAAACCGUCCAACGUGCUGAUCAACACACAGGGUCAGGUGAAGAUGUGUGACUUUGGCAUCAGCGGCCACCUGGUGGACUCUGUGGCCAAGACCAUGGACGCCGGCUGCAAGCCCUACAUGGCGCCAGAACGGAUAAACCCUGACCUCAACCAGAAAGGCUACAGCGUCAAGUCAGACAUCUGGAGUCUAGGAAUCACAAUGAUUGAGCUGGCCAUUUUGAAGUUCCCCUACGACUCGUGGGGUACACCCUUCCAGCAACUGAAGCAGGUAGUGGAUGAGCCCUCUCCACAGCUGCCCUCGGACCGCUUCUCCCCUGAGUUUGUGGACUUCAGCUCCCAAUGCUUAAGAAAGAAACCCAACGAGAGACCCGCCUACACAGAAUUAAUGCAACAUCCCUUUUUCACCCUGCAUGACUCCAAAGAAACGGACGUAGCCAGCUUUGUCAAGAUCAUCCUGGCAGACUGACACGCCCCUCCACCCACCAGGGUAGGAGGUAGGUGGGACUUCUCCACCCACCCACCAAUCCCAGGCCUUUCAGAAAGCUCACUGGAAAUGAUCUGCCACACAACUCCAACUUUCUGUCCACCUACCUACCCCACAACAGAGGGGUUUUCCCGAAAGACUGACUACAGCUCACAGAGGCCAUGUGGGAGAGCGCUUGUAAUAUGAACUCAAGAUAUUGAUGUUGUCCACCCAAACUGGAGAGGGUCAACUCGCCCACGGAUCCAACAACCCCUUCCCUUCCUCUACUCCUACAAACUGAACUGAAUCAAACUCCUCACUGUACCAGUUUUCUGAAUGGACAGUGUCAGCAGAAAGUAAAUCUCUCGUUACACAUACUGUAUGUUCCUCACUCUGAAUUACACAAAGAGAAAAAUAGUUCGAUAAAAUGUGUACGUCUCUGUAUAAUUAAUUGAAAAAAUAUAUUUAGCAUUUAUGCGUUUAUUUUUCUCAUACAGUUUGUAAUACUGUAUAUUUUCAUCAAGUAUGAAUUAGCAAGGGAGUGUCUUUACUCUUUCUGAAUCCUAGCAUGAGGUGACCUACAUUUCUCGUCUCACCUUCUGGUGAUUGGUCGGUCAGUGACUGGACGGCAGCAGCUGUCUUCGGGCAGGGUUUGGGGAGGCUCUGGAGGGGUCAGACGAAGUAAGUUUCUUCUUGGGUAAAGUUCAAAGGUGAAAGCGUGACAGGGGGCCCUGGACAAAAGGAAUUGCAAGUCCUACCUAGGAGUCUUUUGUGGCAUGGGAAUGCGAGGCAUCCGAUAUCAUCUGACCUCAAAGAUAUGCAACCCCCACACCCCUCUGCCCUGCCCCUUCCUAAACUCUCUCACCCAUCUGUACACACCCCUCUGCCUCGCCCCUUCCUAACCAUCGCACCCUGCUCUGUCACCAAGAGUGUUGUGAAGAGUGUAUUCUCGUAUAGUACAUGGAGAUGUAAUUGGGGGAAUGAUUCUCUUAACUAUCCAGACUAUACUGCAUCUAUCUUCCAGUCCCUCUGAGCCAUUUCAAAUAUGUAUUUUCAUUAUGAAUUAUUAUUACCUUGGUUUCCUGGAUGUGGUUGGGGGCUGCUGUUUGACACAUUUAAUUAUUAUUAUUAUUUUUCAUUUCCUUUUCCUGAGUGCAGGACAGGAGCAUGUCAGUAUCGUGUUUCGCCCCCAAAGCACUUAUGUUAACAGAGAGGUCUACGAAGCCUCAUGCCUUACACGUACAGUAUGUUAGGGGAAAUAAUUUAUGUGUGUUGAAGAUGUAAAUACUAUUUUGGACAACUUUUUCUCUUUUAAAUGUAACGUUGGCGAUGUGGCGGCAGAGUGGACGUGUACUCGUGCGCAAUGCGGCUGAUUGAUGUGUACUCGUUAGUUUUAAUGCAGUCGGUGUGUGAGAGAGGUAAACGCAGCCCGCUGACUCCUGUACUCGUCCGUCUGUUUGAUCGUUGAGCUGCUGCAGCCACCUCUCAGGUUUCAAUGCCCUGCGGAGGCAGCCAUGUUUGUUUCCCCACGAUGUUGUACCUCCUCUGAAGGCUGGGUAGUGUUCAUUAGGCAGCAAACGGAAUGAAAUAAACAGUGAGGAACUACCUGGACUUGGUCCGAAUAAGAAACGCUCAUGUUCGGUUCCUCGUUGCAAAACGUUAAACGCUUUCUGUUGCAUGCCCCAAUGAACAUGACCCUUUAUGGUGGAAGACUACUUCUGUGUGAGAUCAUGCUAGGCUGUGAAUGCGUACUUGCCAUUUAGGCUUGAAUCCCAAAUCGACCCCUAAUCCCUAGGCAAUCCUCUAGGUCUGAGACCAAUUGGACAGGUAUGAGCACUAUAACAAGGUGAUGCAAUCACCAUAUUGGUUAAAAGUAUCCACUCCAAUCUUUAUCUAUAGGAGUGCCCUAGGGAGUAGGGAGGCUCUGGGUUGAUCUGGAACUCAACCCUCCGGACUCUGCUAUGCAGUGGCCCUUAAGUCUUUGAUCAGGACUAUGAGAAUCCUGCAAUGUGACAACCAGUGGUAGUGGUGGCACUUGCCCUUAGUGUUUUUAGGGUGCGUCCAAAAGGAUGCCCUAUUUCCUAUCCCUUCUUUCUAGGGAAUCGGGUGCCAUUUCAGACGCAGCCCUGGUCUGUGAUUGGUAAGCCUCUCCGGUCACCUCAGCCUCUCUGACGUACACUGUAGUGGGCUUUUUAUCAAAGUCGGUGGAUGAGGAGUAUUUAUGAUAUGUGAGUAAAGAAGGGAAAGCUAAUAAAGAGCUGCUGUGAUUUGACCUUUUUUCUUGUUGGCCAUCUUAGAAGUGGGCCACUGUAAUACUCGGAAUAGUUCUGUUCCACUUUUUAGUUCCGUAAGCGAACUAGAGCAGUGAACAACACAUUAGAAUGUAGGGUGUAGCGCCUUCUUUGGCCCAUUCACAGUGUAUUUAUGGCUAUCGAACUUACGGUGUUAGUUCUUUAUGGGUAACUUUGUAGUUUGCGAAGCUUAAGGAUCUAGAAGUGGAACGGGACUAUUCCAAAUAGUACAGAGGCCCCGCAGAAGACACUGAUUCCUUAUGUGUUGAGAAGAGUGAGUACAGGCUGAUGACAGUGUGGAUGGAACUGUACAGGCUGAUGACAGUGUGGAUGGAACUGUACAGGCUGAUGACUGUGUGGAUGGAACUGUACAGGCUGAUGACAGUGUGGAUGGAACUGUACAGGCUGAUGACAGUGUGGAUGGAACUGUACAGGCUGAUGACAGUGUGGAUGGAACUGUACAGGCUGAUGACAGUGUGGAUGGAACCGUACAGGCUGAUGACAGUGUGGAUGGAACUGUACAGGCUGAUGACAGUGUGGAUGGAACUGAUGGUCUACCUCUCUCAUUCACUCUACCCGCCACCACGUCAUUGGGUAGUUCUGACAAACUUGAACUGUGGGAAGAUGUAAUAAAGGCUUUAUUCUUAAAAUAAAA